AUGGCAGCCAUCACCCAUCUUUUUGUCUACCCUUUCUUAUUCUCCCUCUUCAGAACCUCCAUUACACAAGACACUAUUACUCCAACUCAAUCAAUCAGAGACGGUGCAACUUUAGUUUCAGCUGGCGGAUCAUUUCAAUUGGGAUUCUUCAGCCCAGGUAAUUCCAAAAGCCGAUAUGUGGGAAUUUGGUACACAAUAUCUUCGGAGAUAAUUGUAUGGGUAGCCAACAGAGACGCUCCGCUUAACGAUCACUCGGGAGUUUUAAAGGUCACUGAUGAUGGACUUCUUGUGCUUCUUAAUAGCACCAACGGUACUGUUUGGUCAUCUAAUACAUCAAAAACUGCAGAAAAUUCAGUUGCACAGCUCUUGGACACCGGAAAUCUUGUUGUCAAAGAUGGGAAUGUUGAUGAACCGGAGAAGUUUAUGUGGCAAAGUUUUGAUUAUCCUUGUGACACUCUCCUAGCGGAAAUGAAGCUUGGAUGGAACUUAGUAACUGGUCUAGAAUGGUAUUUAUCAUCUUGGAAGAGCACGGAUGAUCCUUCUCAAGGUGCGUUUUCAUUACGGAUAGAUCUUCGAGGAUAUCCACAGUUUGUUGCUAUGGAGGGAUCUAAAAUAAAGGCUAGAGGAGGUUCAUGGAAUGGCCUUAGUUUUACGGGUCAUGGGGUAAGACCGACUCCAGUAUUUGGGUACGAAUUUGUGUUGAAUGAGAAGGAGGUCUAUUACGAGUUCAAACUCCGAAACACUUCUGUUUUCUCAAGAUAUGUGCUAAACCCAUCAGGCGUUGGGCAGCGAUUCGGAUGGAUGGAUCGGACACAGAGUUGGGAGCUUUUCUCUACAUUCCCGGCAGAUCGGUGCGAAAAUUAUGGCUUAUGUGGCGCAUAUGCUACCUGCAAUAUCAAUAACUCUUCUAUAUGUGCAUGCUUGGAAGGAUUCUUACCCAAGUCUCCAAACCAUUGGGGUUCAGUGGAUUGGUCUGAUGGGUGUGUUCGAAGGACUCCUUUGGAAUGCAAUGAUGGAGAUGGGUUCAUGAAGCGCACGGGGUUGAAAUUGCCGGACACAUCUUCUUCCUGGUAUGACAAGAGCAUGACGCUACAGCAAUGCGAAAGAAUGUGUUUGAACAACUGCUCCUGCACAGCAUAUGCAAGUUUAGAUGUCAGGGGAGGAGGAAGCGGCUGCCUGCUUUGGUUUGGUAGCCUAAUUGAUAUAAGGGAAUUAGGUGAGGCUGGGCAAGACCUCUAUAUAAGGAUGGCCACUACUGAACUGGAUCAUCUUGAGAAAAAGAGGCACUCCAGCAAGAAGAAACGAGUAGCAAUUAUAGUCGGCUUAGCAUUAUCAGUCGUGGGAAUGACAAUAGUUGCAUUGGUCUCAUAUAUAUGGAAAAAGAAUGUCAUAAACCAAGGAACAAAAGAAAGAAGUUCGAGGAAGGAUUAUGACAAUGAAGGUGGGAAGGAAGAUAUGGAGUUACCGAUAUUUGAUCUGGCAGCCAUAGCUAAUGCAACAGAUAAUUUUUCAAAUAACAACAAGCUCGGAGAAGGUGGAUUUGGACCUGUGUACAAGGGUACAUUGCCAGAAGGGAGAGAUAUAGCUGUGAAGAGGCUUUCAAAGAAUUCUGGACAAGGGUUGAAUGAGUUCAAAAAUGAAGUUAUUAUAAUUGCCAAACUUCAACACCGUAAUCUUGUGAAGCUUCUUGAUCAAGCAAAUAGGAAACUACUAGAUUGGCAUAAACGCAUCAACAUUAUUCGUGGUGUUGCUAAAGGGCUUCUCUAUCUUCAUGAAGACUCUAGAUUGAGAAUUAUCCACAGAGAUCUAAAAGCUAGUAAUAUCCUUUUAGAUAGUAAUAUGAAUCCAAAAAUUUCGGAUUUUGGCUUGGCUAAAUCAUUUGGGGGAGAUCAAGUUGACUCUAAGACCAAUAGAAUUAUUGGAACAUAUGGAUAUAUGUCUCCUGAGUAUGCAGUGCAUGGGCAGUACUCAAUAAAAUCUGAUGUAUUUAGCUUUGGAGUUCUAGUAUUAGAGAUAGUAAGUGGAAAGAAGAAUAGAGGAUUUUGUCACCCGGACCACCACCUGAAUCUUCUUGGACAUGCAUGGAGACUAUGGAUUGAAGAGAGGCCAAUGGAGCUGAUCGAUGAAUUGGCAGGUGACUUGUUCACUCUAUCUAAUGUAUUACGACACAUUCAUGUGGGUUUGUUAUGUGUGCAACAAAAACCAACGGAUAGGCCAAACAUGUCGUCUGUAGUUCAAAUGUUGAGUAGUGAGAGUUUGUUGCCUAAGCCAAGGCAGCCAGGGUUCUUUACAGAUUCAUUUGAAGCAGAUCCUUCGUCUGUCAAGCAUACUACUUGUUCAGCAAACAAAUUCACCAUUUCAUUAUUGGAAGCACGGUAA